AUGAAUGAACAAAAUAUUGGAACAUUUUUAUCAUCCGAUAAAUUACGGUCGAAAAUAAUAAAUGAAGGUGAAGAAAAUCGUGUAGAAGUUAAUCAACGAAUGUUAAUUGAUAAAAUGUUGGCACGUUAUUCAUCUGAAUUUGUUGUUUAUCGAGAAUUGAUUCAAAAUUCGGAUGAUGCUCAAUCAACAUCAUUUACUCUUGAAAUAACUUGUGAUUCAUCGACUGCAAAAAUAAAUUAUCAAUCGGUUAAUAAAGAUCAUUUAUCCGCUAAUCAAAGAAGGAAGCCAAAGGUGUUAGCAGGUAUUGGACAAGUACUAAAAAAUCAUGGGAAAACAAAAACAAUAAAUUCCAAUAAAGAUUUGAAUGAUAAUUCAUUAAAUAGUCAAUAUCAUCCAUGUGAAAAUGAUUUUAAUAAUUGUAUAAUAACUGAAAUUCGUACGAUAAACAAUGGAAAUGUAUUUAGUGAAGAUGAUUGGAAACGAGUUAUAACUAUAGCUGAAGGAAAUACAAAUGUUGAUGCUAUUGGGCAAUUUGGUGUUGGAUUUUUUUCAGUUUUUUCAUAUUCCGAACAGCCAAUGAUUCAAUCUGGCAAAACUUGUUUAGCAUUUUCAUGGCAAAAUGGAAAAUCAUUAACAACAUUUCGUAAGGAAUUAUCCGAUGAUCAACAAUCAUUUUCAACUUCAAUUAUUCUUAAAAUGAAAAAUAAUUAUAUUUUAAAAACAAAAUCAACAUUAGAAAUCAAUGAAACACAUAAUGAUAUUCAUGCAUCAACAAAAUCAAACAAAAAUACUCUUACAAAUGAAAUUGUAUCUACAAUGGAUUUAACACAACUUAAAGCUUUUUUUACAAAAGUUCUCUCUUUUACUAAAUAUAUCAAUGAAUUAAUCAUUAAAAUAAAUGGAUUAACGGUUUUUCGAGUUAAUAAAACAAAACAAACUUUAUCAUCAACCAAAUUAUCAUUAGUAGUAAACAGACUUACCUCAAAUAAUACACAUAAUUUACUUCGUUUUAAUUCAUUUAUACAAACGGAACAAAAAUUUUCUAUUCACAAAGGUCCAUCAAUAAUACUUAAUCAUAUUGAUGUUCACGCUGAAUUAAUUAUUGAUAAAGAUUUCCAUGAACAACUUCGAAAUGUUUUGAAAAAAAGUUUACCUUCAAUUUUACAUAUUCAAUUUUUAUUUCCAUCAAAUAAAAUACUUCAAGAACAACAAUGGAAAUCAUUAACAAAUAAUAAUUUAAAUAAUCAAAUAUUAAAAGAAUUAAUUCCAUUAAAAUUUCAUGAUCAAGAAAUUCUUCCAUCUGGUCAAAUAUUUAUUGGUUCAGCAACACAUCAAACAACAGGUAUUGGUAUGCAUUUAUUUACUCAUUUUAUUCCAACAGUUGAACGUGAAAAUAUUGAUCUGCAAGAUCCAUAUAUUUCCAUUUGGAAUGAACAACUUCUAAUAUCAGUUGGCAAAAUUAUUAGAUGUAUUUAUGAUCAAAGUAUUCUUGAUGUUGUUAAUAAUAUUCAACAGGAAACAAACCAACAACUCGAGCUUUUUCUAGCUUCUUAUGCAUUUCAACCAUCAGCACCACAUAAAGAUAUUGGCAAUCUCCUUCUUGAUGGAUUUUUUUUAUCGAAUGAAGAUAUUCUGGUUCCAGUAAAGCGAUCUCCAUCGGAUAAUCAUCUUUCAUUGAUUUCAUCGACAGAAGCUUUUUUGACAAAUUCUAAACAUAUUGAAGCAUUUCUUCAUGUGCCUCUUGUUCCUUUUGCUAUUGGAAAAAAUAAUUUUUUUGAAGUUUUAAAAGACCGUCAAUGGAUUGAAGAAAUCGAUAAUGAAACAAUUUUAGUUAAAAUUCAUCAAUCAAUUUUUUUAUUUAAUGAAUUUAUUGAAUUACUUCGUUGGUUAUGUAAAUAUGAUAUUAAUAAUAAUAAAUCUGAUAUAAAGAAUGUUCUUUCGAAAAUACAUUAUCGCGAAACCCAUCAAUCAUCUGUUAUUAAAUUAGAAAAUAUUGAAUUUUAUAAUACUCUAAAUACAGGUUCUCUACCACUGCCAUCAAAUGUAUUACCAUCGAAUAUAGCUGAUCAUAUAUCUCAUGAAGACUUACAAACACGAUUAUCAUUAUCAACAAUAUUACCGAAGAAUUUUGUUAAAUAUUAUCUCGAUGAAAAUCAACAGCAACUUUUUCAUAAUGAAAAUACAUCUAAAAUUCUUCUGAGUGUUAUUUGUCAGCAUUGGAAUCAAUUCAAUGAAACUGUAUCAAAUAAAAUAAAAAUUAUUUUAUCUAGCAUGAAAUGUAUUCCAACAGGUCAAGGUAUGAAAUCACCAAAUGAGUCAUAUAUUCGAUCAUCAAAUUUAUCUCCUGAUUUACCUAUAAUUACACUUUAUAUUCCACAACUUGAACAAGAUAAUUAUCAAAAAGAAAUACAAGAAUCAACAGAU